AUCAAAAUGGUCAGCAAGGGGGAACUUAAGCGGAAAUCCGUAGGAGAUGAAACGAUUAAAAGAAAGAAAAAAAAGGUGAAUAAAAAAGAAUUUUUAAAUUCCAACACAAAAGAAAAUAAUACUGAGGACGUUAAUUGUGAUUCAUCUACCGGUUUAGAAUUGUUUGAAAAUUCUCCCUUUUCCGCCCUGAAUGGUAAAGUGUGUGAAAAUACCCUAAAAGCAAUUGAUGAAAUGGGAUUCAUUAAUAUGACAAAAAUACAAGCACUUUCUAUUCCACCAUUACUUGAAGGCAAAGAUCUCGUCGGAACAGCGAAAUCUAGUUCCGGAAAAGCACUUGCUUAUCUAAUUCCUGCCAUAGAGUUGAUGAAAAAAAUGAAGAUAGGCUCAAGAGAUGGAACUGGAUGUAUAAUAAUAACCCCAACUCGUGAAUUAUCACUCCAAAUUUUCGCGAUUUUAAAAGAAUUAUUAUCCUACCAAGAAUACACUUCCGCAUUAUUAAUCGAUGGUUCUGAUCGAAAAACCGAAGCACAAAAAUUAUCCCGCGGUGCCAAUAUCAUCGUUGCCACUACCGGAAGAUUGCUUUACCAUCUUCAAAAUACACCAAAUUUUAUUUACAAAAACCUGCAGUGUCUUAUUUUAGACGAAGCUGAUCGAAUUCUUGAGACUGGGUCUGAAAAUAAUUUGAAGCAGAUCAUCAAUAUUUUGCCACAAAAAAGACAAUCUGUUUUCUUUUUAAAAGAAGAAAAUCAAAGAGAAAAAUUAGUCGCUUUGACUGUGCAAAAAGAUCCAGUUUUCUUGAAUGUUGAGGGCGAAAAGACGGAAGAAAUAAUCGAGGGAUUAGAGGAAGGAUAUGUUUUGGCACCGAGUGAAAAACGCUUUCAUUUUUUGCUUAAUUUUCUCGAAAAGAAUAAGAAAAAGAAAGUGAUCGUUCUCUUUAGUUCUUGUUUGUCUGCGAAACAUCAUCAUGAAUUAUUGGUUUCUCUCGAUGUGCCAGUUCUCAGUAUACACGGAAAGCAGAAGCAGGCGAAAAGAACGGCUAUCUUUUCGAAAUUUUGUAAUUCCUCCUCAGGUAUUCUUCUUUGUGCUGAGGCAGCAACAAAGGAUCUCGAGUUUCCAACGGUUGACUGGAUUGUUCAAUACGACCCUACUGAAGAUCCAAAGGAUCACAUUCGUAGAAUUCGUAAAGCUGUUGGUGGAAAAGACGCUAAAGGAAAAGCAGUGCUGAUUAUACGUCCAGAAGAAGCUGGUUUUCUCUCUCACCUGAAAGAAUUUGGAGUUUCUUCUCACGAAUUCAAAAUUUCUUGGAAUAAAAUCAGAAAUGUUCAACUUGAACUAGAGAAGUUAAUCUCGAAAAACUACUUCUUAAACCUGUCUGGUAAAGAAGCGUACAAAGCCUAUUUGAAAGCUUACGACACGCAUCAUCUCAAACAGAUUUUCGAUAUUGGAAGUUUGGAUUUGGGCAAAGUAGCGAAAUCCUUCGGGUUUACAGUUCCGCCUGCCGUCGACUUGAGUGUCACAGAAACAGCAUUUGAUAAAAGUUUUCGGCCAGAAAAGAGGCUAGGAGGAGGAGGAUAUGGAUACUUCAAAAGAGUGAACAACCCCAGUGUCAAAAAGGAACGCAUCAAAAUUAUCAAGCAGGUUGGAAAAAGGAAGGAUAUUCGCCAAGCUGCCAGAUAAGUCUCAAGGAAUUUAAAUCUUGACAAUUGUUGGUCGAGUGUGAAUGAUUUUACUGAAUUCGUACAUUUUUCAAAUUGAAAGAUGCAUGAAUUUACGAUGAUUUUACUAUUUUUUUAAAAAAUAGUACUUGAUUUGUAGAAUGAAUGUAAAUAAAUCAGAAAAGUAGAUGUUUUAAGA